CGAUAAGAGGUAGCCCAACGACGGACAGUCGCUGCAAGACGCCUCACGAUCAACUGCCCUCGUGGCAUGAAUCGUGACGACAUAUUCUUAGAAAAAAAGUCGUAAGACUACGCGAAAUCCUCAAGCACCGAGGACAACGAAACGAGAAUGGCGUAUGGGAAACUGCACGUACUACCAUUAAGUCUCUUCAUCUUAAUGCCAGUAACAUUCGUUAUUACAUACACCAUAUCAGUGCAAUGGGAUCAUGUGGUGCCGGGAUUCCCUUAUAUAUCGGAGACCGGCACAUUGUCACCGGAAUCCUGCAUAUUCGCACAAUGUCUAAACAUCGCGGCUCUUUUGCUCGCAUGCUGCGUUUACAUCAGGCAUCGACAAGUACUGCAAUGGCAGACAGAGAGAGGCCGCGAUCUCGUAGACAAAAGACUUAUCGUGGCGACAACGUGCUGCGGUAUCCUCGCUUGUUUCGGUCUUGAUAUACUCGCCAAUUUUCAAGAAGCCCGCGUAAUCGCCGCUCAUAUGGUGGGAGCGAUGACUUGCUUCUCUGCCGGCACUCUCUAUUUCUGUCUUCAGACAUAUCUGAGUUACAAGAUGGUACCAGCAAUGAACGGCAUAAUUGUCGUUUAUUUGCGCGCUAUUCUCUCGGCUCUCACAUUGAUAUUAACGAUUGCUACGAUCGUUCCUGGCUAUAUCUCGAUGUGUGAAUUUCAAGGAAAUGAUUACAAGAAGUGGCUACCGGCAGAUGGUGGUUGGGGUUGGCACGUCGCAAGUGCUAUAUGCGAAUGGAUUCUCGCGAUCGUCUAUUGCGCGUUUCUUCUUACUUUCGUUCCAGAAUUCCGAUUGAUUAACUUUGAAGAUCCUAUUGUUACGCUAAUGUAUUUGGAUAAAAUUGAGAGCACGGCAACUUCAGACAAAACGGAUACAACUACACAAGAUACGUAAAUUUGUUCCUAAAUUGGUCUCUCAAAAACUUUUUCUACUCUACUAAUAUUUAGAAUUCCAUACAUCCAACUCUAUAUCUGACGAUUACUGUAAGGGAAGCAACAAAACAACAAGAGUUUAAAAGGAUAGAACUAAUAUAAUGCAAAGAGUAUACAAAAGAAACAAUAAUUAAUUCUAUUACGAAGAACUAAAAGAAUCGACAUAAAUAAGAAUCUUCGCGAUUAAAUUCGUAAUGGCUCAUUCUACUGUUAUGAAGAAACACAAGAGAAUAUUAUUUAAGGAUAUAAAACUACAUAUAAUACUGCCAGAAAUAAGAAAAUAACAUCCAGCGUAUAGCGAACUUCUUUUCCCUACAACUUAUUAUUUAUGCAAUAUUAAUUAAAGUAUAGUGUUAACUUAUAAUUAUAUAGUGUUAAGUAGGUCAUUAAAUAAGUCAAAAGAUCGAACCGUUAUUUCGAACAACAUAAAAUUGAGUAGCAAGUGCGCGAAAACAGACUAAAAAAAGAGAACGAUUGACCAAAAAAAGAGAACUCGUAUGAUUUAUGCGGCUUAAUUAACUCAACUGUCAUAAUUUUUGCUUUAACAGCGAUUAUUACGACGAUUCAAAGGAAAGUGCGAUUAAAUUCAUAAUGGCAAGAUAUAUUUUACAACAAUCUAAAAAUGCAUCAAAUUAGAGAUAAAAUAUUUCUGCCAUUUUUUAUUCAAUACCUAUUCUCAACUUUUACUAAUUAAAAAAUGUUAGAAAAUAUUUAUUAAACAAUAAUACCUUAUAUCAAAUUAAUGAAGUGACAAUGUGAGAAUAGAACCUAUACAUAUAUGUCAGUUACAGCGGUUCUUGGUGUCAAUUGAUAAUUUUUAAUUUUUGAGUUAAAAAUUGUAAAAAUUAAAAAUUAUUAAUCGGCACUAAGAACCGUUGUGACUGCAUAGGCCUUCUAUUAUCACGUAAAAAUUUAUUAAACAAAUAAAAUACAUUUUGAUUUUAUGAAAGAUUUACAUAUAUUUUUCUAUUAUCUCUCUUUUCAUCAUAUUCAUUUUGCAAUUCCUAUUUUUUAUAUACUUGCGUUUUAUAUACUACUAAUUCACGU